AUGCCCACCGCACCUAUCUCUGCCUCUCCGGGCGUGGAAUCAACCCCCAAACCUAUGCAAGCCAAGUCUAGCCAGAGUCGCCAUCAACGACUACAGGGGUUGACUACCCAGUUAUUGUGGCGUUUGCAACAAUCGUCGCCUUUUCACUCAUCCACUACCUCUAACCUUGUGAUACCUGUCAUUCCCGAGGCAGCCCUGGAAUUGGGUGUACCCUCAAAACCCGCCCGCUUGCUUCCCGGUCUUGAGGAGAGUCAAGGUGCUUUGUAUGAGAUCGGUGUUGGCGAUGACGGCACUUUCGUAGGCCUUACGCAAGACGAAUUGGAGGAGAGCGUGAAUAACCUGCAGGCUAUGGCUGCUAGUCUUGGCUGCAAGGUUGAGAUUCUUCGCCGAGUUGUGGUUGGGAAGUGUGAAUGGACCGAGGUCUUGCCAGCUGCAACUGUUGAGCAAACCACAAACAACACUGAAGUCUUACCAUCUAUAACUGUGGAGCAAACUACAAACAACACCGAUGUCUUGCCAGCUGCAACUGCGGAGCAAACCAUUAACAACACCGAAGAUCUCUGGGUCGCCGAGGCUCUGGUUAGUCCCGAUCUGGACUUUUACAAUAUCUCUCCGAUCAAGUCCAAGCAUGACACAGAAACCGAUGCACACUCAAAAUCCGGCAAAACGUCAGUCUUGGAUCAGGACUACUCCCAUACAGAGCAGAUUCGCAUUUCUCUCGCAGGUCCAAGCACCGCGGGAAAAUCUUCUUUGCUGGGUACAUUGACUUCGUCUACGCUUGACAAUGGAAGAGGCAAAAGCAGGCUAAGUUUGCUCAAGCAUCGACACGAAAUCUCAUCGGGCAUUACCAGUUCGGUUGCGCAGGAACUGAUUGGAUACACGGAUGAGGUUCCGCCGACUGUGAUUAACUACGCCUCCGGUAAUGUUGCCGGCUGGGAUGAUAUCCAUGCCGCUUCGAAGGGAGGUCGUUUGGCUUUUGUGUCCGAUUUACCAGGCUCUGUUCGAUAUUUGAAAUCUACCCUGAGAGGACUUGUCAGCUGGGCUCCACAUUAUGUGAUGCUUUGCAUUCCAGCCAAUUGCGGCAGUGAGAUGCCCAGCAGCGAGCAGGCAGGAACCGAACCAUCAGAAAUUGAUAUGUGUUUAUCAUAUCUAGAACUUUGCCUGAAAUUAGAGGUUCCUGUGUUGAUUGUCAUUACCAAAUUGGACCUUGCUUCCCGCAGCGGACUGCGAGACAAUCUUGGAAGAGUUCUAUCCGCGCUUAAAACAGCCGGACAACAACCUGCAAUGCUACCUGCAUCGCCUGCAGGCGACAAACCACUUGACCUCCAGCAAGUUAGCACAUUGGAUAGCACCCAAGUACAGAAAGUCCUGGUGACAGCUGAUGGGAAGUGGACACACACCGUACCCAUCAUAGUCACCAGUGCCGUGGAUGGCUCUGGUAUUGGAAAACUCCAUGCCUUCCUCCGAUCUCUUCCCAUUCCCACACGACCCCCUCAGAGAACUCUUCACAUCCCUAAAGGCCUGCCAAUGCCCUCUCUUAACUCAGCCAACAUCUUCGAUGUGGAUGAAGUGUUUGCAAUCCCUCCCUCCAAAGUCUAUUCACUAGACUCGGAGAGGGGCGGCCAAGAAAACCGCGGUAUGGUUCUCUGCGGGCUAGUUCGUCGCGGAACUAUUUCCAUCGGCGAUGAAAUGGUCAUUGGCCCCAUCUUAGUGGAUGUCCCAAAUGACCAAGGCAAUGAGCCCCAACCACCCGGAGGCUCCCUGUCCCGCAGUGGGCCCGGCCCCUCGGGUGAUCUUCCGGCAUCCUUCCCGCAGACCUCAUUAUCCGGCAAGGAUUCACAAGCAAGAUGGCAACGUAUCCGCGUUGUCAGUGUAAGAGAUCUCCGACUUCCUGUACGUCGCCUAAUUAGAGACCAAGUCGGAACCAUCGGGAUUGAACCCAUCGGCGUUUCAGAGGAUGGCCGUCUACCCCGUUUCGGCCGGAUCCGCAAGGGCAUGAUUCUCUCCAACUUCCACGCCCCACUCUCGUCGGAUGGCACCUCGCCUGGCUCCUCAUUAUUAGCCCUACCCUUCCACACGGGCUUUACCGCCACCUUCCGGUCUACCGAGUUCUCGGCUCCAAAUUCACCCCCGCUCUUGCUUGGCGGUAACGCUAUUGCUUACAUCGCCAACAUUCGCGCUACUGUCCGUGUCAUUUGCAUGGCGUUAACUGGGUCUGGCGAGGAAAUAUCUUCCGAGCCGCCUUCUCCAUCAGAGCCUGAAUUCUUCAGCUUUGACGGCGAUCCUUAUCCUGGUGAGAAAUCAAACACUAAUGCUACAACAACCAAUAGCAUGGACGGCGCAGGUGAUAUAGUUCGCCGCCGUCCAUCGACAACGGAUAUCAGCAAAGUAAUGUCUGGCGCUGCCUCUGCCUCCAUUGUCGGAGCUGCUUCUUCUGCAGAAGCCCUGAAAGAGGACGUCAAGAUUACUUUUGCGCUGGUAUCGUCUGUUGAAUGGGUGGAACUUGGAUCGCAGAUUCUCGUUAUGCCUGGUGUUUCCAUGGCGUCUGCCCCGUCUCAAUCUGGGGCUACGGUAGCAUCUGCACCUGGCUCUAGCUCUGCUUCUGGGAUGGCGUCUAUGUCAGGGUUAGAAGGGUUUGUGGGGACAGUAUGUGAAGUCGUUCCUGGGAGAGUUCCAGUUGCGGAAAGCUAA